GGCUACUGCGCUCGGAACCCGUCCAACGACCCGUGCCUCGGCUGGCAGGUGUUCGGCGAUGGCUGCACCGAUUGUGCAGCCAACGGCAUGAGCAGCAGCGCCCAGGCGUCUGCUUCCCUGCAGUCCACCGACGCGCAGCGAAGCUGCGCUUUCUGGGACGGCUUGGACAUCCAGGGCAGCGUGUGCCCGCAGCAGUGGCAGGGCCAGUACGCCGGGACUGCCUCGUGCAAGUCGUGCUGGGAGGGAGAGGACUGCGGGUGGACUUGCGACCUGAUGGACGGCACCAAGGCCAGCGUCGACCUGCAGGCGUACGUCCACGCGUCUCACGGAGAGGGCUACUGCGCUCGGAACCCGUCCAACGACCCGUGCCUCGGCUGGCAGGUGUUCGGCGAUGGCUGCACCGAUUGUGCAGCCAACGGCAUGAGCAGCAGCGCCCAGGCGUCUGCUUCCCUGCAGUCCACCGACGCGCAGCGAAGCUGCGCCUUCUGGGACGGCUUGGACAUCAAGGGCAGCGUGUGCCCGCAGCAGUGGCAGGGCCAGUACGCCGGGACUGCCUCGUGCAAGUCGUGCUGGGAGGGAGAGGACUGCGGGUGGACUUGCGACCUGACGGACGGCACAAAGGCCGGCGUCGACCUGCAGGCGUACGUCCACGCGUCUCACGGAGAGGGCUACUGCGCUCGGAACCCGUCCAACGACCCGUGCCUCGGCUGGCAGGUGUUCGGCGAUGGCUGCACAGAUUGUUAG